AACGGCCUCAUCAUCAGCGCCGUAGCCUGCAGCCACCACCUGCACACGCCCAUGUUCUUCUUCCUGCUCAACCUGGCCCUCAGCGACCUGGGCUCCAUCUGCACCACUGUCCCCAAAGCCAUGCACAAUUCCCUCUGGGACACCACGACCAUCUCCUACACUGGAUGUGCUGCACAGUUAUUUCUGUUUGUCCUCUUCAUUGGAGCAGAGCUUUCCCUCCUGACCGUGAUGUGCUAUGACCGCUACGUGUCCAUCUGCAAACCCCUGCACUACGGGACCCUCCUGGGCAGCAGAGCUUGUGCCCACAUGGCAGCAGCUGCCUGGGCCAGUGCCUUUCUCAAUGCUCUCAUGCAUACAGCCAAUACAUUUUCCCUGCCCCUGUGCCAUGGCAAUGCCCUGGGCCAGUUCUUCUGUGAAAUCCCCCAGAUGCUCAAGCUCUCCUGCUCACACUCAAACUACAGGGAACUUGAGCUUCUUGUUGUUACAGUCUUUUUGGUAUUUGGUUGUUUUGUGUUCAUUGUUUUCUCCUAUGUGCAGAUCUUCAGGGCUGUGCUGAGGAUGCCCUCUGAGCAGGGACGGCACAAAGCCUUUUCCACCUGCCUCCCUCACCUGGCUGUGGUCUCCCUGUUUAUCAGCACUGGUAUAUUUUCCUACCUAAAGCCCCCCUCCAUGUCCUCUCCAUCCCUUGAUCUGGCCCUGUCAGUUCUGUACUCGGUAGUGACUCCAGCCUUGAACCCCCUCAUCUACAGCCUGAGGAACCAGGAGCUCAAGGCUGCCGUGUGGAGAUUGAUGGCUGGAUGCAUUCAGAAAGACUAA